AUGGAGGAUAAUUUUGCUUGGCACUUUGAUCAGCGUGGCAUCUUCUCUGUCAAAUCUGCUUAUAAGAUUGGUGUUAUGCUGCGCGAUAGAAGGCUGGGAAGAGAUGUUGUAAGCUCUAAGGAAAAUUCUGCUAACAGCACUGUCAAAUUUGAUUGGAAGCAUGUCUGGUCCCUGAAGGCCACUAGCAAGGUAAAGAUGUUUGUGUGGCGCCUUGCCCACAAUAGUCUGGCUAACAGCAUGAAAAUUCAAAAGCUGGGCAUGGACUUGGACACUAGAUGCCGUGUUUGCCAUAGGUUAAAUGAAGAUGGAGGACACACCUUCCUGAAGUGCAAGAAAGCUAAAGAAUGCUGGAACAUUUUGGCUUUGGCAGAGACCCGAGAAAAGCUCAUGCUCUGCAAUUCAGCCCACUCCAUGCUUCAGGAGCUGUGGAGGUGUGAUGAAGACACGCAGCAGCUGAAGGUCGUGACCUUUAUGUGGGAAUGGUGGAAUGUUCGCAACAAGACGAAUGCUGCCUGCCUUGCUGCCAUUGAUGGGGCGAUCAGGAUUGGGGCAAAUCGAAUCAUCUUCGAGUCUGAUUCCUCAACCCUUAUACAUGCUUUGAAGAGCAACGAGUAUGACAAGGCAACCAUUGCGCUCCUCCGGGUGCCGGCGCCUGGGCCGGCGGAUGCCGGGCAGGCGGACGGCUGGAACCGGGCCAAGGCCUCCCGCAUGGCUCUCUGGCAGCAGCGCAAGGCGCAGCGGCGCUUCCAGGAACCGCCCCGUCCGCCUUCUUCCUCUUCCUCGGAGCGCAGUCAGUCCCCGUGCCAUCAAUGUUUCAGGGCCGGCCACCGCAAGCAAGAUUGCACCUUUCCGCCGCUUUGCAUCCGCUGCAACCUGGAGGGCCAUUCAUCUGGCUAG